AUGCUGGUAGCACAUUAUGGCAAGAAUGCGCUAGCUUCAGCGCAGAGGUGGGCUCGGUUAAGCAGCACAAUCGCGUCUGGUUCACUGUCGAAGCCAACUGCUCCGGAGACCGCAGAAAAGCGGUGGGCUGCUACUGUCAUACACGGCCGUGGUGUAUCAGAUCCAUACUAUCACCCUAAGACGCAUGGCAUUCCAGUUGCUCUCAUCCAUUUUCGCUCAUAUUUUCCGAGUCUCUUGGACCAGUUCGUUCACUUCACUUCGCAUGCCGCGUCAUCGUUGGCAAUCCCCAUCUCGCGGUCUGUGCACCUUCCCACACAGCGGUCACUUUGGACCGUGCCACGCGGACCUUUCGCACAUAAGAAGUCUCAAGAAAAUUUCGAGCGCAAAGUGCACAAGCGUGCCAUCAAGGCUUGGGAUGCAGAUCAAGAGGUAGUAGAUCGGUGGAUCAAGUAUCUGGAGGAGCAUGCCAUGGCUGGGGUUGGCAUUCGGGUUGUGCGAUGGCAUCGGGCACCGGUUGGCGUUGGCCAGAAGACACUUGAGAGUGUGAUGAACCAGAUGCGUCUAGGUGCAGCUACUAGGUCCGCUCAGGUGAAAGCCUUGGGAGAGCAGAUUGUUCAGCAGGAGCUGGCUGUUGCUUCCAAAGUUCCUACACCAAAUGUAGGGUCGGCGUAG